AUGUCGUUGAACGGUAGUCGGUCGGUUCUUAACCGAUGGAAGAACAAACGCACUCAAUCUACCAUUUCCGCACCACCUGGAACGGCUGGUGUGGCUAGACCGACCACGUCCGGCGGAUUGAAUUCUUGGACAGAGUACACGCCAAGCUCCGAAGAGCCAUUUCAAAAGGCUGUCGAAGAAGCUGUCUUGAAUGCUCUCAAUAGCGAUGCUUUCAGAAAUGUCAUUGCGUCUCAAAUCGAUCCCGUGACCGCUGCUCUUUCUCGGCAGCAAGAAAAGUUGAACGCUUUAAAGGCUACAACAUUGAAUCUUGAAUCAUCAUUCAGUUCCUCAAACAUCAAAGAAACUUUGGAUCCCGCUCUAAAGCCAAUCAGUCAAUUGAUUGAUGAUGUUCCAGACACCGAGGAUGAAAUUGAAUCUCUGGUGGAAGGUCAAAAGAAGAUCUUGGAGAUCCUGAAGUCAUUGGAGGAGCGAUUGAGUGGAAUCGAUACGAAGUUUGAGGAGUUUGAGGAGAAAAUAACGAGCCUCGAUGGAGAGAUUGUAAACGCAGACUUGAGAUCUGCUAUCCGCUUCGGAGAACUUUCCAAUGAACUUCAGGACCGAAAUAAGAUGCUUGGGGAGAGGUUAUGGUCAGUGGAAGGGGAUUUGGGUAAGAAGAUUGACGGUAGUCACCGUAAAUUAAUAGGAAUGGUUGAGGACCUCGGGAAGUCCAGUCGAAAUGUCAUCAACAAGGUUUCUUCCAUGGAAUUCGACUCAUCAUCCUCGAACUCUAGUAAGCUCGAUGAGAUGUUGAAUGAAAACUCCCAGAUGGUUGAUAGGAUGGAAAGCUUGAAGAAGAGCGUAACGAAGCUGGAAGAAUCCCAGAAGAAUAUCCAGACCACUGAGAAGGGAUUGGCUCGUAACAUCCAAGAGGUUCGUGAUAUUGUCUCUUCCCUCAACACAUCAUCACUGGAACAUCAUUCGAAGAGAUUAGAUGACAUCGAAAGGAGCAUUAUCACUGUUCGAAAGGAAUUGGAAGGCCAGGGACAUUUGGCAUCUAUCGACUCGAAAUUAUUAUCCACAAAUACCUCUCGUCUUAGCAAUAUCAUCGAGCAGGUGACCAAGAUUAAUGAGGUGGUCGAAUCCGUCAAUCAACAUAUUUCGGCGACUGACCAAUCCAUACAUGUCUCUAACUCGGAGAGAUUGGAUAAUCUUACCUCCACAACCACAACUGUGAAAGAGACUAUCGAUAGAGUCGAGCAACACGUGAGAACAUUGAACACAUCUCAAUUUGAUGCUCACAGAGACAAGCUCACCAUGAUCGCAUCAAUGAUGACCAGUUUCGCCGAAUCAAUGGCCGGUAUUCAAGAUGGUGUCUCGAAGACAACAUUAGCUCUUCUCCCUGACAAUGAAGUUCCUAAAUUUGAUGACUUGGUCAAUCGACUAUCGGAUAUGCGAGCAGAAUUAGAUGCAAGACUUGAGGCUCAAAGCAACUCUCUUGAGGAUAUUCACAAACAGACAGUGUUGCCCAUAGACACCAAGAAAUUGGACGAUAUCGCAACUAUGCUCAACAACCUCCAACCUGAUACUUUGUCUACGCUCUUGGCAUCUCAUACUGAUAAGCUCGAUACUAUUUCUAACGAUCUAUCGACUUUCCAUUCCGGUACCCAAUCUACCCUGAAGACCAUCACAGUCAGCCUAGAGACUAUCGAUCAGCACGUUGAGAAUGGAACAGCUACUGGACGCGAAAGCACCCAGGGCUUGCAUUCACAACUCGAAAGAUUUGGUACAUCUCUAGACAACCAAGAUGUUGUCCUGAGAGACAUCAAGCAGAGCGGCGUUAAUAACGAAGUCCUCGGAGCUCUCGAACAUAUCAAAUCUUCGAUGGAGCAGGACAAACGAAGCGAUGAGAUUCUUGGACAACUCGUGAUCAUGAAGGAAUUCGUCGACUCCGCCAAAGCUGAUAACAGAAAGAGCGAAAUGAUUCAGGACCUUGCAGCCUUGAAGAAUGUCGUGGAUUCUAUUAAAGACGGAAGCAAAGAUGAUGAAAUCAUGGAAGCGAUCAAGAAUCUGGAUACUUCUUUAGCUUCAUCAAGUUCGGACUCCAAAGCAGUAGAGACCGUGCAAUCGCUGUCUCAAUCAAUCGCAGCUGUCCAUACCGACGUUCUGGAAAUCAAGGAUGCUAGCAUCGGUAAAACAUUGGCCGAAAUACUCGCCAUCAGAGAACAUCUCAAGGACAAUGCAAGCUCUCUUGCUACGGCUCAUGAAGGGAUCCUUUCUGUCGAUACAAAAAUCAAGAGCAGCGAAGAAUCAAUCACCACUGCUAUUCAGAAUCUUCAAUCAGCGAUUGGAACGGACAUGCACGACAACAAGUCUGCUCUCAUCACUUCAAUCAGUGAUGUGGCCACUGAACUUGAGACUGAGAUGAAGAAUCUCAACUCAAGAUUGAUGAAUACCACGAGCGAUUUGAGAUCGGAUAUCAAGAACAUUGAUUUCGGUCCAACAAACACAUCCCUCGAUGCAUUGAGCAGGGAUGUUCAAUCUACCUACAAGACAUCCGUGGAGACAGCCGGAAAUUUGGCCGCGCUACCGGAAGCAUUUACUAACAUUAGAUCCCAUGUAUCCUCCGAGAACGUUUCAAUGAACAUGUCCAUAGAUUCUAUAUCAAAGUUUGUAGCAUCGAUUGAUGAGGCAAUCAAGGAGACUGGGAGAGACGUUCAAGGUAAUACUGAGAUGUUGGCAAACAUCAAGUCAAGUGUUGCUACAAGUACCAAUGACAUUAGAUUCCUUUUAGAUAAACAGGUUCCCUUGAUUCGCCAGGAUAUUCAGGCCCUUGAUCUCAGCGAACUCGAGUCCGCUGCCGCCAAGAAUCAAGCCUCGGUCGAUUCUAUUGAAAAGACCGUUCCUCAGAUAAUCAAACUCGCCAAUGACCAUGCAUCAGCCUUGUCCCAGCUGGACUACAAGAUGAAAUAUCUCAUCUCGGGAGAUAUUGCAAAGAUUGGAAAAGCCAUUGAGGCCGUGGACCAAGCCCUAUCAAAGGCCGCUCUGGAGACUAUAAGUGCCGUGGAAGGCAACGCAGCGAGGCUUUCAAACAUCCGUGAGACAGUUUCAGAUACUUAUACUACCGUGGAUAAAUUGACCCGUACUGACAUUCCUGGUAUCAGCUAUUUCCUCUCGAGUCUCGAAACCUUCCAAAGAGAGUCCAAUUCUCAUGCCCUGGAAAAAUUGCAGAACCAUGACCACGCCACUGGAUCCAUCCGUGACUCCAUUGAACAUAUCUCUACAAAAAUAAACGACCAUGCCUCGCUACUCUCAAACAUCAAGAACGACUUGAUUUCAUCGGCUGAAUUACACUCUUCAACGAUCCACGCCUUAUCUUCGAAUAUUCUCAACCUCGAUUCAACAGUGGGCCAAACUACGACCGCCAUUCGCGUUAAUGGAGCAGCCCUCGCCCGAAUCGACAAAGGUGUACUCGAAACUGGUGCACAAGUAAAAUCCGUUGUUCUUGAAGGAAACAAGCGACUAGCCAGGGAACUCGAUAGAGCAGUUUCACAACUCGACGAAUUGGCUCAUGAUAACGGUACACGAAUUCGUGGAAUCUCGGAUUACGCUUUCCCCAAGAUUGAAACCGAGAUGAGGGGUAUCCAUAACUCUCUCGAACGAUUAACACACAACAACAUCGAUGGAUUAAGACGAACGCGCGAUGCUCUAGCUGUUAUAGGUACCAAAAUCGCCGGAACUUCUCGCAAAUUCGAUGAUCUAGUUGAUGCUGUUCAUUCGAGUGAUGAUCUGGAUAAUCUAUCUCAUAGUAAAACCUUGGUUGGAGGCAAUGGGAAGAUUCCUGGCGAACACCGUAUACUUGGGACAAGGAGGAGUAGGGGUGGAAGUAAUGCUAGUAGUACCAAGGAUGGCCCUGUUUUAAGUGAUUUGAGAUUGCAGGCUUUCACACAAGGGCAUUCAAGUUUAUCAUGA